UAAUCAUCGAGGUCAAAGUGCAUCACUUAACUCCUGAUUGAACAAUUCUUCAGUCACCACAAUGAGACUUAACGUAGCGUUAGUGCUUUUAUUCAGAGAGAUUUUUUGCUACAAUUAUACAACCAAAUUCAUUGAUGUGCCUCUAGACCACUUCAGUUUUACAAACAAUGCGACUUUCAAGCUGAAAUACUUAAUCAAUGAUAGUUUUUGGAUCGACGAUGGUCCGAUAUUCUUCUACACGGGUAACGAGGGGGCUGUUGAGACCUUCGCCGAAAACACCGGCUUUAUAUUUGAUAUAGCCCCCACGUUCAAUGCUCUUAUCGUUUUCGCCGAACACCGAUAUUAUGGGGCCACCCUCCCGUUCGGUAACGCCUCUUUUAGCAACCCCGGUCAUUUGGGGUUCCUGACCUCAAGUCAAGCCCUCGCUGAUUACGUCUAUUUGAUCAACCACCUGCAAACAACCCACCAACGCUCCGAGUACUUAAGCAAAGUCCCUGUCGUUGCCUUUGGGGGCUCGUACGGCGGAAUGUUAGCAGCGUGGUUGCGAAUGAAAUACCCAGCGUCUGUCGUGGGGGCCAUUGCGGCCUCGGCCCCCAUCUGGCAGUUUCAGGGGCUCACCCCCUGCGAGAAUUUCAACCGGAUUGUUAGCAAUGUGUACAAAACGGCAGUCGACGACGACUGCAGUGCCCCCAUUCAAAAGUCGUGGAAAAUUAUAAGGAACAUCACAGCAAAUGACGACGGCAAAGCCUGGCUUACAAAAGCAUGGAAAUUGUGCUCGCCGCUCAAAAGCUCAGACAUUGAUGAUUUGCUUGAAUGGUAUUCGGAAAUUUUGGUCAACAUGGCAAUGGUCAAUUACCCAUACCCUACGAAGUUUCUGGCCCCCUUACCCGCAUUUCCGGUCAGAAAUUUUUGCUAUAAACUGACCGGAGAGAAAAUCACUGAUGAUAAGUCGCUCGUGACUGCGAUCGGUAACGCUCUAGAAAUUUACACGAACUUUACUAAAGCAACCAAGUGUAAUAACAUCAACCAAACUGCGGCGUCUUUGGGCGAAGAGGGCUGGGAUUUCCAGGCUUGUACCGAGAUGAUAAUGCCCAUGUGCUCGGACGAUAACGACAUGUUCGAAAACCAGUCUUGGGAUUUUAAAAAAUAUUCCGACAAGUGUUACACCAAAUGGGGGGUCAGGCAAACAAACGCCGAAUUACCGAUUUUGGAAUACGGGGGGAAGGACAUAACCGCCGCCAGUAACAUUGUUUUCAGCAACGGACUGCUCGACCCUUGGUCAAGCGGGGGCGUUUUAAGCAACAUUUCCUCUACAGUUUCCUCCGUCAUAAUCCCAGAAGGGGCGCACCACUUGGACUUACGCGGCGAAAAUCGCAACGACCCCAAAUCGGUCAUCGAAGCCCGUCAGUUUCACGUCAGCAGCAUAAGGAAAUGGAUCACGGAUUUUUACUACUCGCGCGAUAAAAACUACUUCAAAAAAUCGAUUUUCUUCAACAAGAUUACGUACACACAUGGAAACAACAUUUAGAACUGUAUAAAAAUUUAUUUCCUUUUCCUGGUAACAAACAAUAAAAUACUGAUACAAAUAC